UGAUCCAUCGGAUUUUCUUCUUCUCCUUUCUAUUUUGCAUCAUUGUCUAUCCACAGUCCCUUUUUCCAUUCUUGUCUAAUGCUUCUGUCGCAGCUGUAGCAAGAAAAUUCCGCUCCUGCUUCUGGGUUUCACAACACCCAACUCAUUCAUCCAAAACCCCUCAGUAUUAUCUUCUACAGAGACUCAUCUUUUUGUUCCACAACCAUGUCUCAGACCAACUGGGAAGCUGAUAAGAUGCAAGUUUCAAUCUUUUUCUUUUUCUGUAUCACUUUUUCUGCAUGAGUUUUUUUGGGUCAUGCUUAAAUUGUUUUUCCCUUUCCUUUGCUGAUUUGGGUUAUGGGUUUUUCCCGAUUCGUGGUUCAGUUUUGUACUUUAUUUCGUAUAGUAAAAGUACCAUUUUUUUUAUUUUGUUAGGUAUCUCUUAGGGUUUGUAGUUCCUUGCAACUUUACUGGAUUUUAUUAGAUAUUGCUAAUUUUUGCCGCUGAACUUCGAUUUUCUGUAGUUGUUCACCGGAUUUUUGUUGUCUGUUUUGUGAAAUGGUCGAUGUAAAGUUGCAAUCUUUCCCUCUCCCUGUUUACUUAGCUGAUGCAACCUGUUAUUCCUCUGUGAGCUUUUAGGUUAGAUGUUUACAUCCAUGAUUACCUAGUAAAGAGGGAUUUGAAGGCUUCUGCUCAGGCUUUUCAAGCUGAAGGAAAAGUAUCUUCGGACCCUGUUGCUAUUGAUGCCCCUGGUGGUUUUUUGUUCGAGUGGUGGUCGGUUUUCUGGGACAUAUUUAUUGCCAGGACUAAUGAGAAGCACUCAGAGGUUGCCGCAUCUUAUAUUGAGACCCAAUUAAUUAAGGCAAGGGAGCAACAGCAGCAGCAACAACAGCAGCAACAGCAACAGUCACAGCCCCAGCAGUCACAGCAGCAACAACAGCAGCAGCAACACAUGCAGAUGCAACAGCUUCUGUUGCAGAGGCAUGCGCAGCAGCAGCAGCAGCAACAGCAGCAACAACAACAGCAACAGCAGCCACAACAACAGCAACAACAACCACCACCACAACAACAGCAAAGUAGGGAUAGGGCUCAUCUCUUAAAUGGUAGUGCAAAUGGGUUAGUUGGAAACCCUGGAACUGCAAAUGCACUGGCAACAAAGAUGUAUGAAGAGAGGUUAAAAUUGCCCCUUCAGAGGGAUUCUUUGGAUGAUGCGGCAAUGAAGCAAAGAUUUGGUGAGAACAUGGGUCAACUCUUGGACUCAAAUCAUGCCUCAAUAUUGAAAUCAGCUGCAGCUACUGGCCAGCCUUCGGGGCAAGUUUUGCACGGUGCUGCUGGUGGGAUGUCUCCACAAGUUCAAGCUCGUAGCCAGCAAUUACCAGGGUCUACUAUGGAUAUUAAGAGUGAGAUUAAUCCCAUCUUAAAUCCCAGAGCUGCGGGUCCUGAAGGAUCCUUGAUAGCAAUUCCUGGAUCAAAUCAAGGUGACAACAAUUUGACUCUGAAAGGGUGGCCACUCACAGGUUUCGAGCAACUACGCUCUGGUCUACUCCAGCAACAAAAACCUUUCAUACAGGCUCCUCAGCCUUUUCAUCAACUUCAAAUGUUGACACCUCAGCAUCAGCAACAGCUUUUGCUUGCACAGCAAAAUUUGGCAUCACCAUCUGCCAGUGAAGAAAGUAGAAGACUCAGAAUGCUUUUGAGUAAUAGGAAUAUGGGGGGCCUAAAUAAGGAUGGUCUUUCAAAUACUGUUGGUGAUGUGGUAUCAAAUGUUGGAUCACCUCUUCAAGGUGGUGGCCCUCCUUUUCCUCGUGGAGAUACAGAUAUUCUAAUGAAGUUGAAACUGGCUCAGUUACAGCAGCAACAUCAACAGUCAAGCACCAAUGCACAACAACAGCAACUUCAGCAGCAUGCUCUUUCGAAUCCGCAAUCCCAGACAUCAAAUCAUAGCAUGCAUCAGCAAGAUAAAGUAGGGGGAGGUGGUGGCAGUGUCACUGUGGAUGGUAGCAUGUCAAACUCAUUUAGGGGAAAUGAUCAGGUUUCAAAAAACCAGAUUGGGAGAAAGAGAAAGCAGCCUGUAUCUUCUUCAGGUCCUGCCAAUAGUUCUGGAACUGCAAAUACGACAGGCCCAUCGCCAAGUUCAGCUCCCUCGACUCCCUCAACUCACACGCCUGGAGAUGUGAUAUCAAUGCCUGCUUUGCCUCAUAGUGGCAGUUCUUCAAAGCCUCUAAUGAUGUUUGGCACUGAUGGCACUGGAACUCUUACAUCACCGUCAAACCAGUUGUGGGGUGAUAAGGAUCUUGAAUUGCAGGCUGAUGUGGAUCGCUUUGUGGAGGAUGGAUCUCUAGAUGAAAAUGUUGAGUCUUUUUUAUCCCAUGAUGAUACAGACCCUAGAGAUACUGUUGGUCGUUGUAUGGAUGUAAGCAAAGGGUUCACAUUUUCUGAUGUAAAUUCUGUACGUGCAAGCACAAGCAAAGUUUCUUGUUGCCAUUUCUCAUCUGAUGGGAAAUUGCUUGCAAGUGGUGGCCAUGACAAAAAGGCUGUUCUAUGGUACACAGAUUCUCUAAAGCAAAAAGCUACUCUUGAAGAGCAUUCAGCUUUGAUCACUGAUGUCCGUUUCAGUCCAAACAUACCUCGUCUGGCAACAUCUUCAUUUGACAAAACUGUCAGGGUUUGGGAUGUUGACAAUCCUGGUUAUUCACUUCGCACCUUUACGGGACAUUCUGCAUCUGUUAUGUCUCUAGAUUUUCACCCAAAUAAAGAUGACCUGAUCUGCUCCUGUGAUAGUGAUGGUGAGAUACGAUAUUGGAGCAUAAACAAUGGCAGUUGUGCUAGAGUCUCCAAGGGUGGCACUGCCCAGAUGAGAUUUCAACCUCGUCUAGGGAGAUACCUUGCUGCAGCUGCAGAUAACAUAGUGUCUAUACUUGAUGUGGAGACUCAAGCAUGCCGAUAUUCAUUAAAGGCACACACAAAACCAAUACAUUCUGUGUGUUGGGACCCGUCUGGAGAGUCGCUGGCAUCUGUGAGUGAGGACUCUGUCAGGGUUUGGAACCUUGGAACAGGGAGUGAAGGGGAAUGUGUUCAUGAGCUCAGCUGUAACGGCAAUAAGUUUCACUCAUGUGUUUUCCACCCAACUUACCCUUCAUUACUGGUCGUUGGCUGUUACCAGUCAUUGGAGCUGUGGAACAUGAACGAGAACAAGACAAUGACACUGCCUGCUCAUGAUGGUCUUAUUACUGCGUUGGCUGUUUCAAGUGUACAUGGUUUGGUUGCUUCUGCCAGUCAUGACAAGUUUAUCAAGCUCUGGAAGUGACGAUUCUGGCAAUGGAGUAAGGUCUUUGUCAGUGUUGAUGACACAUGUUUGUAGUUUAUUUACCCUUUUUCUAUGUAACUUUAGCUACUAACCUUUGUAAUGUUGUCUUCCCUAAACUGUCGUCCCAUCUUCUAUUUAAAACUUAACUUGGAUAUUUAUUUAUGUUCUUGUAUCAUGGACUGGUUAUUAUAGUUUGCUGUACGUUUUUCUUUCCCCUUUAGUUACUCGGUAGUUGUAUGCUUCAUGAAACUCAUGGCAUGGGGCCUGUUUUUUAU